GCUGUUAUCGCCCCCCUGUGUGCGGCGUGCAACGUCACGACAGAUAGCUGGACGACCACUGCGAUUGCCAAGCUACUUGUGACACGUGACGUCCCCAGAAUGUAUAUUAUCGGCCAGCACAAUAAACGGGGGACUUUUUCCCUUUCGUCACCCGGACCGCGGCUCGUCGACUGUUCCUUCCGACACGAAUACGCGUCACGCUCGUAUGCCGUGUCACGACAUGGUGUCAGAAGUGGGCGGUGGUCAACUAUCUCGCUGAGGCCGUGGACGGCAGCAUUUCCAGAAAAUGGCAAACAAGCCCGCAACGGUAAUCCCCGGGCUCCAACAGCCACCACCGCUGGACUUUGACAAAACGUCAGAGUGGCCGGCGUGGAUCGACCACUUCGAUGACUACCGCUUCGCCACAGCUCUCAACGAACGUUCGGGAGAGGCCCAGGUACGCACGUUACUUUACACAAUGGGACGCCAAGCUCGCGAAGUCUUUGCUACAUUUGAGCUGACCGACGAUGAAGCAAAAAGUUAUGAUGUCGUGAAGCAGAAGUUCGACAGUCAUUUCGUCAAAGAGCGGAACAUUGUUUAUGAAAGUGCCUGCUUUCACAGACGCCAGCAACGGCCAGAAGAGUCGGUGGAUCAAUUCGCAACCGCACUUCACGUGCUGGCAGACCGCUGCGACUUUGGGGAUAUGAACAAGAGACUCAACCGGGACAGGUUUGUCGUCGGGCUCCGGGACGUGCAACUAUCCGAGGCCUUGCAGAUGGAUCCGCAGCUGACAUUGGCUACGGCGCUAGCCAAGGCUCGCCUCAAGGAAACCGUGCGUCAGCAGCAGCAGAGCCUUCGACCGGAGGGUGUCCACAUCGGGAGCCCGCCAGAACUUCAGGACCAAGGCGCCAUCGUGGACGCCGUAGGCCACCAGAAACGCCCGCAGCACAAAGAGGGACGGUGCCCCUACUGCGUCGGCGACGCGCACCCGAGGUCGACGUGCCCAGCCAAGGCUUCCAAGUGCCACUACUGUGGUAACAAAGGACAUUUUGCGAAAGCCUGCCUUAAGAAAGUUGGGUCAGCGCAAAGAAAGGUACGCGUCUGGGCUGUCGAACAUGGUACCGGGGAAACUUUCAUUGGCGCGAUUGACGCGGCCGGGAAAGCGCGCUAUGUGCAGGUUCUGAUAAACUCUGUGCCUAUCCUUGCUAAAGUUGAUUCGGGUGCAGAAGUGUCGGUUCUACCUUCUACAUUUCCAGGAUUGCCCACCCACCUGGAUAACGCAGACGAGGUACUACAGGGGGCUGGCGGGAACAAGCUCAAUGUUCUAGGCAAAUUUGUCGCAGAGAUUGCGUGGAAACAGAGGACUGUCCGACAAACGUGCUAUGUCGUUAGCCCUCUUCGCGACGUACUUCUCGGGCUGCCAGCCUUAGAGGCUUUAGGUAUCGUUAAAUUUGCCGACUCGCUGACUGCAGACAAGCAACGGUAUGAGACACUUUUUCCGCGCAUGAGUCGUAAUCUAGGCACUAUCCCAGGAGAAUACAGAAUCAGGCUACAACCUAGCGCGGCACAAUUGGCUCAUAGCCCAGAUGGCGCGACUGCAACAGAUUCAGCGGGGCCUCCAACUCGCGCGGUGGCCAGUGGUGACCCCACUCCAAUUGUAACACGGUUUGGUAGACUGGUGAAGAAACCCAUCCGACUGGGCUUUGAUGAGUAGUGCUUUGGUGUUUAGUGUUCAGUGUUUUUCUAGUACAAAAUAUGUUCUGUCUUGUAUUUUCGAAUGUUCUUUUGUGGUGAUGAAAUCCACACGACUUCACUUUGAGUGGUUUGCUGUUGUUUUUUUCUGUUAUAACAUAUUCUCUACAAUGUAUGUGCGAAUGUUCCUGUGCUUGAGAAAGAGGGAUGUGCUGUUAUCGCCCGCCUGUGUGCGGCGUGCAACGUCACGACAGAUAGCUGGACGACCACUGCGAUUGCCAAGCUACUUGUGACACGUGACGUCCCCAGAAUGUAUAUUAUCGGCCAGCACAAUAAACGGGGGACUUUUUCCCUUUCGUCACCCGGACCGCGGC